AUGCAAGGCCAUCAAGACAUCCGCAUCGGCACCAUCGUCCAGGUUCAGGAGAAAACCGGCGAAUACAUCCGGCAAAUCCUCCCGCACGGGUUCGAAUGCUUCGAGCUCACCUUCGGGCAUCACAUCGACCCCGCGGUCGAUCUCGACCGUCUGGCUGGCGAACUUCGCGAAACCCUGGAGGCCGACGGCAGCGGGGCGAUCAUCAGUUCAGUGGGUGUGUACGGAAACCCCUUAAUCGACGAGCGAACGGCCGCCGAUUUGGGUCGGGCGAUCGACUCCGCCGAGAAGUUCGGCUGCUCGCUGGUUUGUGGCUUUGCCGGGCGAAUCGUCGAUGUACCGAUUCCCGAAUCGCUCGAAGCCUAUCGCCGGGUUUUCGAACCGCUGGCCCGCAAGGCCGAAGACCGCGGAGUGCGGAUCGCCUUCGAGAACUGCAAUAUGGAGGGCACUUGGGAGCAUGGCGACUGGAAUAUCGCUCAUUCGCCCGCGGCCUGGGAGAUGAUGUUCGAGACAGUCCCCAGCCCGGCGAUUGGCUUGGAAUGGGAACCUUGCCACCAGAUGGUAAGCCUAAUCGAUCCCUUACCCCAGUUGCGGCAGUGGAUCGACCACGUGUUUCACGUUCACGGCAAAGACGCCACCGUGAUGUGGGACGUGAUUCGCACGCGGGGGAUCCGCAGCGGCGAGACCUACGUCCAGCACCGUACGCCCGGGUUCGGCGACACAAACUGGAACGAUGUGAUCAGCAUCCUUCGCGAGCACGGAUACCAGGGCACCAUCGAUAUCGAGGGCUGGCACGAUCCGGUCUACCGAGACGAACUGGAGAUGACCGGCCAGGGAGUGGGGGCGAGUGCGUUCUGGGGAGGUUCUCAAUACAAACGGCUUGAGUGUCUGGGCUUGGGGAAACAGGCACAGCAAGGCGAUCCGGAGGCUCCAGCCAGCGGAACGCUAUACGCUCGCCGUCACCGAUUAGAAGCUGAAUUGCGUCAAGUUCGCGUGCAAGAAGCCGCGGCGCUCGAUCCGGUUCUAGGCCAACGGCAACAAGCGAACCUUAGCGGCAGUAUUCUCAUGCAGAAACGCUCGGCGAUGAUGAUCGAGCGAGAUCUCAAAUCGGUCCAACGCGAAAUCGACGUACUGCAAGAACAGAUCGACGAUGUCGAUUCUCAGAUCAAGCAAACCGAACGUAAGCCGCCGCGCGGCAUCUUCGUUCAACUGCGGGAGUCGCCUCUCAUGCGUUGUUUCUUCAACGUCAUCGCAAGCAGCUUUGUUAUUGGACUCGUGUCUCUCGGCUGGGGCUAUUCUGCCGGAGCCACUGAACCCGCAGGGGUUGAGGCGGUUACGCCGGAUAAUGUUGUCCGUCCCGAGCCGAACUCGGCGGAGGAACCGCGGAUCGAAUCGUUCUCACCCGAGAAGGCCGCACACUUUUUGGAUUCGGCGGCGCUCGAUUGGCAGAACUCGCGGAAGUGCAUGGCCUGCCACACAGGUUAUCUCUACUUGAUGGCCCGACCCAGCUUGGGAGCUUCAAACCCAGCUUACGAAGCGGUGCGUCAGUAUGCCGAAGACCUGGUCGAGAAGCGGUGGCUCGAGAAGGGGCCUCGUUGGGAUGCCGAAGUGGUGAUGACCGCCGGCGUGUUGGCCUACGGCGAUCGCCUCAACGGCGGUUCCUUACAGCCCACCACGCGGAAAGCGUUGGACUGGAUGUGGACCGUGCAGCGCGACGAUGGCGGAUUCGACUGGAUAAAGUGCAAUUGGCCACCCUACGAAUCGGACGACGACUUCGGUGCGGCGAUGGUGGCGCUCAGCACAUUGGUGGCACCCGAUGAUUACUCCAAGACGGAAGCCGCGCAGGCAGGGCUUGCCCGAUUGCGUGAAUACCUCUCCGCCAAUCCACCACCGACGUUGCAUCACCGGGGCUGGCUCCUCUGGGCCGACUCGUAUCAGCCCGGGGUGUUGAUGACCGACGAGCAGCGGGCUGACGUGGUCGAAGAGCUUCUCUCGCUCGAGCAGCCCGAAGGCGGAUGGGCGUUGGCUUCAUUGGGCAACUGGGAACGUCACGACGGCGAGCCGCAAGAUCGCUCGGCCGCCGACGGUUAUGGCACGGCAUGGUCGAUCUACAUUUUACGUCGAGCCGGAGUGGAGCCCGACCAUUACGCGAUUCGCCGCGGGCUGGCUUGGCUCAAAGAGAACCAACGCGAAAGCGGCCGCUGGUGGACCCGCUCGCUGUACAAAGACAACCACCAUUUCCUCACCCACGCCAGCACCGCCUGGGCGAUUAUGGCGCUCGAUUCGUGUGACGCCUUGCGCACGAUAUUGUCUGAGGAUGAGGUUCGCCAGGGAGUCGAGCGACUGGCGGCGGAGCUUCGCGAGCACUACGGCGAUCAGCCCGUCACGAUUGUGGCCGUGUUGACCGGCGCGGUGGUGCUGCUGGCCGAUCUUAUCCGACGGCUCGACAUGCCGCUACGAAUUGGCUUCGUCCGAGCCAGCAGCUAUCGGGGAGAAUCGACUGAGCCGGGGCAUCUCGUGGUCGACAUCGACAUGCUGCCCGACGUGGGCGGUAAGCAAGUGCUCCUGCUCGACGACAUUUUCGAUACCGGUCGCACCUUGCUCAAUUUGCUGAACGAAAUCGACGCACUCAAGCCGGCCGCGGUUCGCUCGGCGGUGCUGCUGCGGAAGAAAGGGCGACAAGAAGUGGAGAUCGAGCCCGACCAUGUGGCGUUCGAAAUUCCCGACGAGUUCGUCGUCGGUUACGGGCUCGACUACAACAACCUGUACCGCAAUCUGCCGCACCUGGCUGUGUUAGAACCGGCCGACUUGGCGAGAGCCGAGUCGGUGAUGGCCAACCUGGGUGAAGAGCUCGUUCGCCAAGGAAUCGAAGUCACCCUACUUACGGCACGGUUCGAUCGCCGCUGGCCGACCGAGGUUACCCAUCGCGGGAUGAAAGUCGUGCGGCUGUUUCAACCGCAAACGCGCUGGUGGGGCACCUGGUGCUACAUGAGGGCGGUGGCCCGUUGGCUCCAGGAGAAUCGCGAGCGGUUCGACCUGGUCUACGUGUCCAUGUUCAAACACGAUGCCUACGCCGCCGUGGGUGUGGGAAAAAAGCUUGGCUUUCCCGUGGCGAUUCGUGCUGAAGGGGCUGGCCUCACCGGGGACAUGCACUGGCAACUCGGUGCCGUAGGAGGACGCCGCAUCAAGCGACGCUGCUUCGAAGCUGCGGCGUUCAUCGCCCCCAGCUUGAUGAUCCACCGCGAGAUCGUCGCCGCCGGGUAUCCGCGAGGGAGAAUUCACUACUUACCCAACGGGGUGGCUCUUCCGGCGGAAGAAGAAACCUCGCAGUAUCCCGUCCCGCAAACCACGCGCGAUGCAGCACGUCAUUCCCUGGAACAGGCACUUCCGCAACUCGCGAUUCCCGACGGUGCGCCGCUUGCGCUUUACACCGGCCGCUUGCAUCAUGCCAAAGGGCUCGACGAUUUGGUGCGGGCUUGGGCCAUCGUUGUCGAGCAGUAUCCCAAUGCCCGAUUGUGGAUUGCUGGCGAGGGCGAGUAUUCCACCGAACUCGAAGCGCAGAUCCGAGAGUGCGGCUUAGAAGAUACGGUGGUGCUUGCCGGGGCAUUCGAUACGGUCGACGAACUGCUCACGGCGGCCGACGUCUUCGUCUUGCCAUCGCACGAAGAAGGGAUGUCCCUCUCGUUGCUCGAAGCCAUGGCCGUGGCUCUGCCGGUGGUGGCGAGCGAUAUCGCGGGCAACCGAAACUUAGUGGACCACGAAAAGCACGGGCUGUUGGUUCCACCGGGAGAAGCGGAGCCCCUGGCCGAAGCGAUUGCCCGACUGUUCGCCGAUCGAGACCUGGGCGCACAUCUCGGCCGCGAGGCAAGAGGCCGGGUUGCCGCCGAGUUUUCGCUGGAGAUCAUGGGGCAACGUCACCUCGAUCUGUUCAACGACUUGUUAAGCGCGGGGGCCGAAAAACAGCUCUCGCUGUUGGCUCGCGGCCUCGACCGAGGGGAAUUCGACACGCAGGUUUGCGUGCUCACGCGAACAGGUCCCUUGGCCGCCGAGUUGGAAGCCGCUGAAGUGCCGCUGUGGCCGAUCGAGAAACGGUGGAAGCUCGAUCCUUUGGCCCUGCGUCGAUUGGUGCGGCUCAUUCGCCGUUUGCAGCCCGACCUUGUGCAUACGUGGCUAUUCGCGGGGAACAGCUACGGUCGGGCCGCGGCACUUCGAGCGGGGGUUCCCCAUCUGGUGGCCACCGAACGUUGCGUCGACACGUGGAAGGUGGGGCACGAGUUUGCGAUCGACCGCCAGUUGGCUCGCUACACGGAUAAGAUCGUGGUCAACAGCAGCGGCGUCCGAGAUUUCUAUGUGGCCCAUCAACUGCCGGCCGAAAAAUUCGUUGUCAUCCACAACGGUAUCGGUCCGGCGAAACCUCCCACGCGCACGCGGGAGGAUCUGCUGGCGGAACUUGCCCUCCCACCCGACGCCAAACUCAUGGGGGCCGUCGGCAGGUUGUGGCCGCAAAAGCGAAUCAAAGAUUUGAUUUGGGUGACCGAUUUGCUGAAAGUGAUUCGCCCUGACAUCCAUCUCCUCAUCGUCGGCGACGGACCGCAACGCGAUCGGCUCGAACGUUACAGUCACGUGAUCGAUAUCGAAGAUCGGGUGCACUUCCUCGGUCAUCGUUCCGACGUGCCCGAGUUGAUGCCGCAUUUCGAUGUGCUGCUGCUGGCCAGCGGAUACGAGGGGCUUCCCAACUCGGUGAUGGAAGCCAUGGCCGUGGGCACCCCGGUGGUGGCGACCGAUAUCCCGGGCAAUCGCGACCUGGUGGUUGAUGGCGAGACCGGCUUUCUUGUGCCGUUGGGCGAUCGUGGUGAGUUUGCCAAGCGAGUGCAGCAUCUUCUGGAUGAUGCGGAGCUGGCACAACGCCUUGGCGAGGCAGGCAAGCAGCGAAUCACUGAACACUUCAGCAUCGAUAAGAUGGCCUACAGCAUGUGCGGAAUCGCGGGGGCAAUUUGGACAUCGCAGGGCCAGCCUGUGCCCGGCGACGUGCUCCGCCGCAUGACCGACGUGCUGCGUCAUCGUGGGCCCGACGACGAAGGGUAUUACAGUUCUGAAGUUCGCCGCACCCCUCAGAACAGAGAGGUGCCCGGCGUUGCCUUAGGACACCGGCGGCUUUCAAUCAUCGAUUUGAGCUGUGGUCAUCAGCCGCUGGCGAAUGAAGACGAAUCGGUGUGGGUCGUCUUCAACGGCGAGAUCUACAACUUCCGCGAACUGCGACAACGGCUUGAAGGCGCAGGUCACCAGUUUCGCACCGACAGCGACACCGAGGUGAUCGUCCACCUGUAUGAGGACGAGGGGCCCGAGUGUUUCUCCCACUUCAAUGGCAUGUUCGCCAUCGCCCUGUGGGACGCCAAUCGUCGUCAACUGGUGCUGGGGCGCGACCGGCUGGGGCAGAAACCGUUGGUCUAUCGUCUCGAAAACGGGCGGCUGUUGUUUUCCAGCCAGAUCAAAAGCCUGUUGGAAGUGCCCGGGGUGCCGCGCGAUCUGGAUGCGGCUUCGCUUGAUGCGUAUCUCACCUACCAAUACGUGCCGCACCCGCGGACGAUCUUUCAGGGGAUCAACAAACUCCCGCCGGGGCAUCUGGCUGUAUAUCGCGAAGGCCGCUUGGAAGUGAAGCCGUACUGGCGGCCGGAUUUCAAUCGCGAAGUGCAGAUUCCUCAAACCGAAGCGGGUGAGCAACUCGAAGAGUUGCUCGAAUCGUCGGUUCGUUAUCGGCUGCAGAGCGAUGUGCCCUUGGGGGCGUUUCUCUCCGGCGGGAUCGAUUCCUCGAUUGUUGUGAGCCAGAUGCAGCUGCUCACCGACCGGCCGGUGCAGACCUUUGCCAUUGGGUUUCCGGUGCCAGAGUACGACGAGACCCGCUACGCCCGCGAGGUGGCCGAGCAUCUGGGCACUGAUCACCACGAGUUACAGGUAGAGCCCAGCGCGCUGGAUCUGUUGCCGAAGCUUGUCUGGCAUUACGACGAGCCGUUCGGAGACAGCUCGGCGAUUCCCACGUACAUCGUUUCGAAACUUACGCGAGAGUAUGUCACGGUUGCCUUAAGUGGCGAUGGUGGUGACGAACUGUUUGCCGGCUAUGAUCGCUAUCGUGCAGUGCGGCUGGGGGCCUGGUUCGAUCGAUUGCCCCAACCCAUGCGGGCUGCACUCACGGCCGACCUCUGGCAGCGCAUCCCCGGCAGUACCCGACAGAAGUCGGUUUCACGUCGAGCCAAGCGAUUGCUGCAGGGGCUAUCGUUCCCGCCGGGGCGGCGCUACCUGGAAUGGAUCGCGAUAUUCAACGAAGCCCGUCGCGCUGAGUUGUACAGCGAUGAAUUCUUGAGCCACCUACCCAACCACGAUCCGUAUGCGUUUCUCGAUGCGGCCUUCGCCCGAUCUUCACGCCGCGAUCGGGUGACCUCGACCGCGUUGACCGACCUGGUGACUUACCUUCCGUGCGACUUAAUGACCAAGGUCGAUGUGGCUUCGAUGGCGCAUGGUUUGGAAUGCCGCCAACCGUUUCUCGAUUAUCGGUUGGUUGAGUUUGCGGCCUCGCUACCACUGCAGUUGAAGCUGCGGGGGCGGAAGUCAAAGCGAUUGUUAUUGGAUACUUUCGGCCACCGGCUGCCAGCUUCGGUGCUGCAGCGGCGCAAGAUGGGUUUCGGCGUCCCGUUAGAUCGCUGGUUCAAGCAGGAUCUCAGCUCCUACAUCCGCGAGAUCUUGCUCGACAGCCGCGCGACCGGGCGAGGAUACUUCCAGGAAGCCACCGUGGCCCGGCUAAUCGAUGAGCAUCAGCAGGGCGUGUUCGAUCACAGCUACAGGCUGUGGGCCCUGCUGUUUCUGGAGCUUUGGCUGCGAGAAUGGAUCGACUGA